CUUAUUCACCAGGGCCCCUGAUAGUGGGGAUGGACUCGGAGCAGACAGAAACCAGGUCGCGGCCCCUGAGUACCCCUGCUCGUGGUAGAGGGAUUCGCCAGAGGUAUGUGCAGGUAGAAAGCCUGAUGUGAAGAGGCAGAAGGUGUGAGCAGGGACGGCUGGAUCCGUGCAGGAUGGAUGGAUGGAUGGCAGAGUAGCUAGCGUGGUCAGAUGGGUCAGGUCAGCAACGUGCGGGCAGCGAGGUACCGAAGGAGCAGGCAGAGAAUGGUCAAGGUCACAAGCCGGGUUCAGUAACUCACGGGCAGCGCGGUACAAAGGAUCAGGCAGAGAAUGGUCAAGGUCACAAGCCGGGUUCAGUAACUCACGGGCAGCGCAGUACAAAGGAUCAGGUAGAAGGAUGGUCAGGCAAGCCAGGGGUUCAACAGGAGAUGGUCAACAGAGGUCAGGAUCAAGCAGGGUCAGCAACGAAGCAGGAACACAGGAUACCAGGUACAGAGGCGCAUGGGAAAACAUACACCAAGGCCCA